GAGCAUGCGCGCUGUUGUUUCUCUAAAUAGCGCGCAGUUUGCAUGCAGUUGGCGGGAACUUCUGGCGGGAAAACGACAUGUAAACAAAAUUCACUUUUUGGCGUCUCGGUCGUGACUCUUCUUUCCCGCUGUCUUUAUCAUCGCUAUCUCUCUCUCGUUCUUUUUUGAGUUGCCAGGUGGUUGCUAGACAGUAUGGAGGUGGGAGAGAACGUGUCGUCUCUGGCUAAUGUCGUCUCCUCUCCUCCUGACAAGAUGGAGACUACAGCUGCAGAGCCAGCAGUUGUCUCAGUCCCCAGACCCCUCGCCCCCCGUCGUCAUGACGAGGACCAGUACCUGGAUCUGAUCAGGACCAUCCUGGAACACGGACAGGAGAAGGGGGACCGGACUGGCGUGGGGACCAGGUCCAUAUUUGGAGCACAGAUGAGGUUUAACCUGCGUGACCAGUUCCCGUUGCUGACUACGAAGCGAGUGUUCUGGAGGGGCGUGGUCGAAGAGCUGCUGUGGUUCAUCUCUGGCGAUACUAACGCCAAACACCUCUCCCAGAAGAAGGUCAAGAUCUGGGACGCCAAUGGGUCACGUGACUUCCUCGACAAGAGAGGAUUACAUCAUCGAGAAGAAGGGAAACUUUGAGUGUAAAAAUGGAGUGUAUGAAGUCAUCUUGUCCCACAAAUUUUUACUUUACAUUAUUCAUACAGUGGUCAGGGGGUGGACCAACUGACUCAGGUGAUCCAGACAAUCAGGACUAACCCAAAUGACAGGAGAAUCAUCAUGUCCGCCUGGAACCCUCCUGGUAACAUCUCUCCCUCUCUCUCUCUCUCUCUCACUCUUCUCUGGACCUGACACUCUGAGCAUACUAAUAGCCCAGCCGAGGGUUUGCACUUUAGUGCUUGUUUCGUUCUCUCUCAUCUCUCCCUCUCUCUCUCCACCCUCUCUCUCUCCACCCUCUCUCU